AUGGCCAGUAGGAAAGUGGAGAAAUUGGCAUCAAUUGAUGCCCAAUUGAGGCUUUUGGUGCCUGGGAAAGUGCCCGAGGAUGACAAGCUUGUUGAGUAUGAUGCUCUGCUUUUGGAUCGUUUUCUAGAUAUUCUUCAAGAUUUGCACGGAGAGGAUCUCAAGGAAACGGUACAAGAGUGUUAUGAACUUUCUGCCGAGUAUGAAGGUGGCAAGCAUGAUCCGAAAAAGUUAGAGGAGCUUGGAAAUGUGUUGACUAGUUUGGACCCGGGGGAUUCAAUUGUAAUUGCAAAAGCAUUCUCUCACAUGCUUAACUUGGCCAACUUGGCUGAGGAAGUUCAGGUUGCUUACCUCCGGCAGAACAAAAAGAAAAAGGGUGAUUAUACUGAUGAAUGCUCUGCAACUACUGAAUCAGACAUUGAAGAGACUCUUAAGAGACUUGUGGUUGAUUUAAAGAAGUCCCCACAAGAAGUUUUUGAUGCAUUAAAGAAUCAAACUGUGGAUUUGGUGUUUACUGCUCAUCCAACUCAAUCUAUUCGAAGAUCGUUACUUCAGAAGCAUGGGAGAAUUCGAGAUUGCUUGGCUCAGUUGUAUGCCAAAGACAUCACACCUGAUGAUAAACAGGAGCUUGACGAGGCUUUACAGAGGGAGAUUCAAGCUGCCUUCCGAACAGAUGAGAUACGAAGGACUCCUCCUACCCCACAAGAUGAAAUGAGAGCUGGAAUGAGUUACUUCCAUGAGACAAUCUGGAAUGGCGUGCCAAAGUUUCUACGCCGUGUUGAUACAGCGCUUAAGAAUAUUGGGAUUAACGAACGUGUUCCUUACAAUGCCCCUCUAAUCCAAUUUUCUUCUUGGAUGGGUGGAGACCGUGAUGGCAAUCCAAGGGUAACUCCCGAGGUCACAAGAGAUGUUUGUCUAUUGGCUAGAAUGAUGGCUGCUAAGUUGUACUAUUCCAAAAUAGAGGAUCUCAUGUUUGAGUUGUCUAUGUGGCGUUGCAGUGAUGAGCUUCGUGUUCGAGCAGAUGAACACCACAUAUCUUCAAAGAGAGAUACGAAGCAUUACAUAGAAUUUUGGAAACAAGUUCCACCCAACGAGCCCUAUCGUGUCAUUCUUGGUGAUGUGAGAGAUAAGCUCUAUCAGACACGCGAGCGUUCUCGUCAUUUAUUAGCCCAUGGAAUAUCUGACAUUCCGGAGGAGGCAACUUACACCAAUGUCGAGCAGUUCUUAGAACCUCUCGAGCUCUGCUACAGAUCCCUUUGUGCUUGUGGGGACCGGCCCGUAGCUGAUGGAAGCCUUCUGGAUUUCCUGAGGCAAGUUUCCACCUUUGGGCUCUCACUUGUGAGACUUGAUAUAAGACAAGAGUCGGACAGACACACUGAUGUCCUGGAUGCCAUUACCAAACACUUGGAAAUUGGUUCAUAUCGAGAAUGGUCAGAAGAGCGUAGGCAGGAAUGGCUGCUAUCUGAACUUAGUGGCAAGCGACCCCUCUUUGGACCAGAUCUUCCAAAAACUGAAGAGAUUGCUGAUGUUUUGGAUACAUUCCAUGUCUUAGCAGAACUCCCACCAGACUGCUUUGGAGCAUAUAUUAUUUCUAUGGCUACAGCAACAUCUGACGUGUUAGCAGUUGAGCUUCUACAGCGUGAAUGCCAUGUGAAGACCCCAUUAAGAGUUGUUCCACUUUUUGAGAAAUUAGAUGAUCUUGAAGCUGCUCCUGCUGCUGUUGCACGGCUUUUCUCUAUCGAUUGGUACAGAAAUCGGAUUAAUGGUAAGCAAGAAGUCAUGAUUGGGUACUCAGACUCCGGAAAAGAUGCUGGUCGUCUGUCGGCAGCCUGGCAACUGUACAAGGCUCAGGAGGAGCUUAUCAAAGUUGCAAAGCAGUACGGAGUGAAAUUGACUAUGUUCCACGGUCGAGGUGGGACAGUUGGAAGAGGAGGUGGCCCCACUCACCUUGCUAUAUUGUCCCAACCUCCAGAUACUGUACAUGGAUCUCUCCGUGUCACGGUUCAGGGAGAAGUUAUUGAGCAAUCGUUUGGGGAGGAGCACUUGUGUUUCAGAACACUCCAAAGGUUUACUGCUGCUACACUUGAACAUGGAAUGCAUCCACCUGUCGCCCCUAAACCCGAGUGGCGUGCACUUUUGGAUGAAAUUGCUGUUGCUUCCACAGAAGAGUACCGCUCAAUUGUAUUCAAAGAACCCCGGUUUGUCGAGUAUUUCCGCCUUGCCACACCAGAAUUGGAGUAUGGUAGGAUGAAUAUCGGUAGUCGCCCAUCGAAGCGGAAACCAAGUGGAGGCAUUGAAUCGCUCAGAGCUAUUCCAUGGAUCUUUGCCUGGACUCAGACCAGAUUUCAUCUCCCUGUUUGGCUUGGUUUUGGAGCAGCAUUUAAAUAUGCACUCCAAAAGGACAUUAAGAACCUCAAAAUGCUACAGGAGAUGUACAACGGAUGGCCUUUCUUUAGAGUCACUAUCGAUCUAGUUGAGAUGGUGUUUGCCAAGGGAGACCCUGGUAUUGCUGCUCUAUAUGACAAACUCCUCGUUUCAGAAGAUCUUUGGUCGUUUGGUCAGCAUUUGAGGGCCAACUACGAGGAAACAAAGAGUCUUCUGCUCCAGAUUGCUGGACACAGGGAUCUUCUAGAAGGAGACCCCUACUUGAAGCAACGACUUCGUUUGCGUGAUUCGUACAUUACAACUUUGAAUGUGAGCCAGGCUUACACUCUUAAGCGAAUUCGUGAUCCAAACUACCACGUGAAGUUAAGGCCUCAUAUCUCCAAAGAUUUUAUGGAAUCAAGCUCGGCUGCUGAACUUGUGAAGUUGAACCCGACAAGUGAGUAUGCCCCUGGAUUGGAGGACACCCUCAUCUUGACCAUGAAGGGUAUUGCUGCUGGGUUGCAGAACACCGGUUAA